AUGAGGUUUCCAAUUUUGUGGAGGAGGUGGAUAGCAGAGUGUUUAGCCACUGCUAGAGUGUCUGUUCUUGUGAAUGGAAGUCCAUCUAGUGAAUUUGGAGUUGGUAGAGGGUUGAGACAAGGAGACCCACUGGCUCCUUUUCUUUAUUUGAUUGCUGCAGAAGGAUUGUCUUCUUUGAUGUCUAAAGCAGUGCAAGAAUGUGUGUUUACAAGCUAUAUGGUUGGUGGGGAUGCAAUGCCAGUAUCACAUCUACAGUAUGCUGAUGAUACUAUCCUAGUGGGCGAUGCUACUAUGAGUAAUGGUUGGGCUAUUAAAGCUAUUCUACAGCUGUUUGAGUUAAUAGCCGGUCUUAAGGUUAAUUUCUUCAAAAGUCAGCUCUUGGGUGUUAACGUUGACCAAGUUUGGUUGCAGUCUUUGGCUCAAUUUCUAAAUUGCAAAGUUGGGUCUUUCCCGUGCUCUUAUCUAGGAUUACCACUUGGUGCUAAUCCCGCUCGCUUGACGACCUGGCAGCCCGUGGUGCGGAAGGUGGAAAAAAAGUUAUCAAAAUGGAAGAGCAAAUUGUUGUCCUUCGGUGGUAGGCUUGUGCUCUUGAAAUCC